CUCAGCUCUGCACCCCUCCCUCAGCGGUGCUCCGUCGCCCUGGGUGAGCGGGCAGGGGGGUGGCCCACGGUACCCCCCGACACCUGGGCGCCACCAAGCCGCCCGUGGCCGGUGAGGUGGCGGCAGGGUCAGCGCUGGGAAGAUGGCCGCUCUCGCCAGCUCCCUCAUUCGCCAGCGCAGGGAGGUCAAGGACCCCCAGGCAAACCGGCAGAUCGCCAGCAAGCGCAAGCCCUGCCCAAAGAGCAACAAGUCGCUCUGCCAGAAGCAGAUCCUCAUACUGAUAUCGAAGGUUCGGCUAUGUGGCAGUCGAGGGAGAAAAAUGGAAAAAAGACCAGAGCCCCAGCUGAAGGGCAUCGUCACGCGGCUUUACUGCAGACACGGCUUCUACCUCCAGAUGCUGCCGGAUGGCACCAUGGAAGGCACAAAGGACGAAAGCAGCUCCUUCUUGCAGUUCAACUUGAUUCCUGUGGGGCUCAGGAUAGUGGCCAUCCAGAGCACCAAGACGGGGCUCUACGUUGCCAUGAACAGCGAGGGCUACCUCUACACUUCGGAACACUUCACGCCCGAGUGUAAGUUUAAGGAGAGCGUGUUUGAGAACUACUACGUCACCUACUCCUCCAUCCUGUACAGACAGACCCAGUCGGGUCGGGCGUGGUACAUCGGCAUCAACCGAGAUGGACAGGUCAUGAAAGGGAACCGUGUCAAGAAGACGAAGGGAGCAGCACACUUCCUGCCCAAACUCAUUGAAGUGGCCAUGUACCGGGAGCCCUCUCUACACGACGUUGCCGAGCAGAGUCCGCCCAGGAAAACGCCCAAGACCUCCAGUGAGUCGCCCGUGCUCCAGAACGGCAAGAAGGUCCCAAAAUCCAAAACCAAAACAACGUCCUAGCGCUUAGAGACGCAGGUGGGGAGGGGGGAGGGGGGGGGGGAGGAGAGGACUCGGCGGACACCUGAACACGGUUGUUAGGGCUACCCUAUACUGGCGACACUGACCCCCUUGAGAACUAUGCGUACCACAAUGCAGUGGUGUAAAGUUGGAGGAAAAAAAAAAAGGAGCAGAUCCGGGAAGAGUGAAGCUCACACACACACACACACACACACACACACACACACACACACACACCAGCCCAUCCACCUUCUUAUUGGAUUGUGAUUAUCAAAGCCUGGGAUAUAAAAGCAAUAACUCCACGAAGAGUAUAGCAUGUCAGCGCAGCGUGUUUGACCUGCUGGAAAGGAAGUCCCACACACACCCUCUGGCCAUCUUCAGCGACAUCCUUCCAGCCGACCACAUGUCCUAGCAAAAAGUCUUCCUGGUUCUACCACCAACGGGUGCAACGGUCAACUCGGUCCCUCUGCAGCGCACGCUCUACAAAUGGGGUUGGGUUUUUUUUUUCGUUUCCCCCACAGGGCUCCGUGCUAAUGUUAGCCGCACACGAAGCCAUGCUGAAGCGAGGCUGUCACAGAGACCCUUGCAGACUUUUUGUUCUGCAGCCAUCUGCUCAGUCCACAUCUUCUGUGUGUGUCAGCGACUUUGUGUGAUGGCCUAGAUACUUGUCAGCCCUGUGUGUGUGUGUGUGUUUGUGUGUGUGUGUGUGUGUGUGUGUGUGUGUGUGUGUGUGUGUGUGUGUUCGUUCGUGUUCCCUUCUUCUUCGAUCCACCUUUGGUGCGAUUUGAUUAGUUUGCGACAUGGACUCAAUUUUCCACUCGGCAGCACAAGAAAACCCCUCCCGUCCUCCCUGGCUCUGUUAAUGGAGUCUGGGGCUGAUCAGAAUCUUUCGACCCUUAAACGAGGGGCCAAGAGCUCCCUCGACACAAUGCAUAACCACACACACACACACACACACUCAUUAUUACACUGACAUUUACGCACACACGCGAAGGUGUGUACGUAAAUGCGCACACACUUUGGCAUCCCGAGAUCCAUGAGCAACAACGGCAGAAAAUGUCUCUCGCAACUUAACGCACUUAACAUAAUGACACACAUUAACACACACACGCACACACACACUCGCAAAUGCACACAGACACACACACACACACGCUGACGUGGUGGUGGUGAGUGUGUGUGCAGGUUGUGGGAGAGGAUGAGGAAAUCAUCAGCGUGAUGGGGUACUGAUGGAGCCUGACGGUGUAGCUUGUGAUUGCACUGCAAGAGCUGUUCUUACUGUGGCUGGCCAAGCAUUGCACAAACCCCCCCAACCCCUAACCCCCGAGGCCCGCACAUCAUCUGUGGACCCUCUAUCACUCAAUGUGCUAUUCUCGUCUAAAAACACAAAAAAACUCAAAUUCUUUUUAAUUGCUACCCCGUCGCUGUCCCCAUGCCAUAAAUAUUCCGUGUAAUGUAUGUACUUAAGACGGUUACCCUAGUGACAUCACUUGAGUAAUGUUGCGUUUGGAUUGGAGACUUUGAAGUCUAACAGAAAAAUGCAAUGCAAACUGGAGGUGUGGAGUACAGCAACACAAAGGCCUAAAACUAAGCCCAAAACCUGGGGCCAUACCGGCAUCUUCGAGACACGACGUGACCCCCGCUGGUACUGCCAGUUGGGCACCCUAAAGCCGUGGCUUUGCUCGAUUUAAUUCACUAGUCCAGUGCCCGUUGGAAACGGGCCGAUUGCUUGGCCUGUGGUGUUGCUUGCAGCUUUCUUAAGAACCGCUCAUCGAGAUUUUUACACUUGGCGCUGCGCAACACACCUGCCAUGACAUAGUUGCGUCACACGCCCAGGUAACGUAGCUGAGGUAUUCAUUCACAAUGUACAGUUUAAUAAUAAAUAAAUAAAAUGUAUGAAUAAAAUAUUAUAAAGUACUAUGAAUUAUAUUACCAGCAAUAUCAUCUAUUUUUUUUUUUUUUUUUUUUUUUUGUUCCAGGCAAUCCUCCUUUCCUCGGGCCAACAUUAACCACAAUGCAACUCGGCCACCGAUCAGUUUAGUUGCAGAUUCUGCUGUGUUAAUGCUAGUAGAGCAGAGAUGAGGAGCGGGCUGCGGAGGUUUAGUGACCUCCCUUCUUUCUGACUCCACACCCCCAGAUUUCUUCCAUUUAAAAAAAAAAAAAAAAAAAAAA